AAUAGGAGUGGAUUCUCCACCUCCUUCUCAAGUCCUUGUUCUUGAUGGAAUAUGAUCUUGGUCUGGUACUCUGUGCUGUGGUGGUGGUGUUCAUCUCAAUCUUGGUUUGGAGAGCGCUGGUGUACCUGACAUGGAGGCCGUAUGCGAUAACGACAGCUUUCAGGAAGCAAGGAGUGGAGGCCCUGCCUACAAGUUCUGGUCCGGAUCAAGUGAGGAGAUCAAAAGCAUACAAAGGGAAGCAAUGCGGCUGGUGUUGGAAAACCACUGUCAUGAUAUCACGCUGCGUGUGCUGCCACAGUACCGCAAAUGGAUAUCAGAAUAUGGAGAUGUAUUUUUGUUCUGGUUUGGAGCAAAGCCGAGUCUCUUCAUCAGUGAUCCGGAGAUGGUCAAGCAAGUUCUUGCGAAUAAGUUUGGAUUCUACCCAAAGUCGGAUGUUCCUUCCGCUAUCUUGGCCCUGUUGGGCAAGGGAUUGGUCCUGGUAGAAGGAUCGGAAUGGGCGAGGCAUCGAAGGGUCGUCAACCCUGCUUUCACGAUGGACAAGCUCAAGCUGUUGACAAGAACGAUGGCAGAUUGCGCCAAAUCGAUGCUAGAAGGCUGGCAUGAUCUAGCAAUGAAAGCAGCGGAUGGGCGAGAAGAGAUAGAGGUGGCCAAACAAUUCCAAGAACUGACAGCAGACAUAAUCUCUCAUACUGCAUUCGGGAGCAGCUACGUGGACGGAAAGGAAGUCUUUUACGCACAGAAGCAGCUCCAGAUGCUCGCCGCAGCAUCUAUUCUUGACGUCGAAAUCCCUGGACACAGGUAUCUUCCCACUCACAGGAAUAUAAACAAAUGGAAGCUAGAGAGACGAGUGAAGAACACGCUUGUGCGCAUCAUACGGGGACGAUUAGAGGCAAGCAACUCGAGAUUCGGAAAUGAUCUUCUAGGUGUGAUGAUGGAAGCCAGCCAGAAACAGAGAGGCCAAACCAUGAGCAUGGAUGAGAUCAUUGAUGAGUGCAAGACCUUCUUCUUCGCAGGUCACGAGACCACCUCACAUCUCCUAACCUGGGCUAUGUUCUUGCUGAGCACCAACCAGGACUGGCAAGAGCGGCUCAGGGAGGAGGUGUUGCAGGAGUGUGGCGUCCGAACACCAAACGCGGACGUCCUGAACCACCUAAAACUGGUCACCAUGGUUCUCCUGGAAACCCUAAGACUCUACGGGCCAGUCGUUCAGAUGGCGAGAAAGGCAGGAAAAGACAUGAUCCUGGGAAACAUAAGCAUACCGAAAGACACUGCGGUGAUGAUACCUGUACUGAUGAUUCACCGGAGCAAGGAGACCUGGGGAGAGGAUGCAAACGAGUUCAAUCCGCUCAGAUUCGAGAAUGGGAUCUCCAAGGCCGCCUCGCAUCCUAACGCGCUGCUCGCGUUCUCGAUCGGGCCAAGAGCAUGCAUCGGCCAGAACUUCGCCAUGUUGGAAGCCAAGACUGUGAUGGCCAUGAUUCUGCAGCGAUUCUCCUUCUCUCUAUCACCCAAGUACGUGCAUGCACCUGUGGAGUCGUUGACACUGCAGCCCCAGUAUGGGCUUCCCAUUGUCUUCACCCCCUUACAUGCUGCCUGACACUGAUGUGUUUCUCCAGCUGAGAGAACAACAUAUCAUCAGUGUAGUGCUAAGGUUCGGGUUUCGGAAUGUUGAAUUCCGAGGAAUGAUAUUUAAAUCCAUGAGAAGGCAAGGUGAUAAAGGUCAAGACAUCACAAAAUUUAAAGUAAGCGCAUGGGAGGACCAUUAUAUAGUUCAUACAGUAAUGAAACUAUCAUAAACCAGUGUUGAAAUGUUAUACUCAUACAGUUACACCCAUUUAUCACAUUGUUUGGGGUGUGUAAAAGUCAUUGAUACUCGUUAUGGUUAUAUAAAGUUGAGAUAGUGACGAAAAGUCAC